AGCGAGUAGUGGGAGUUGCAAAAGUGGCACGAUCCCGUUCGGGUCGUAAUCUUAUCAUUCUAGUUUGAGUGGUUAUUUUAAUUUUCUCUAUUAUAAUCUUUUAUUUACCAACAAUCCGAUAGAAAAAUGAGUUAUCCACCGUACCAUCAUGGUCCUGGUUAUCCUCAAUAUCCUGGUGGAACUCCAUAUCCUCAUAAUCCUCCUGGUGGUUAUCCUCCUAGCGGACCAAGAGGGGUUUUUCCUCCAAGUUUAGGCUUCAGACAUGAUGCUCCUAUUUAUAUGCCACGUCCAAAUUAUCCUAAUCCCCCACCUCCAAGUGGGAAUGAUACAUAUUACUCUUCAGGAGUACCUCCAGUAACUACUAGACCUGCUCCAGUACCACCUAUAUCAUCAUCACCUUAUCCAAGUACAUCUCCUUAUCCAAAUACAUCUCCUUAUCCAAAUACAUCUCCUUAUACACAUACAUCUCCUUAUCCAAAUACAUCGCCUUAUCCAAAUUCACCUUCUUAUCCAGGAAUGUCUGGAGCAUCCUCAGCUCCUUAUCCCACAAAUACAACUCAUCACUCAACUCCAUAUCCAAACAAUUCUUUUCCAAUGCCUUCAAAUCCCAAUACACAAUAUCCUUCGCAUCAUCAAGGACAUUUGCGUCCUGGCUCAAGCAUGUAUCCUUCAGCACCAUCAUCUGGAGGUAAUCCCGCUUAUGGGAAUUCAAAUAAUAUGGUCCAUAUGAUGAGAAAGGGAACCCCAACCGUAGUACCUGCACAUCCAUUCGACCCCAAAUCAGAUGCGGAAGUUUUACGAAAAGCUAUGAAAGGUUUCGGAACUGAUGAGAAAAGUAUCAUAAACUGCUUAGCAAGACGAAGUAAUCAACAAAGGCUACAAAUCGCAAUCGAAUUCAAAACUAUGUACGGAAAAGAUUUGGUUAAAGAUCUCAAAAGUGAAACUAGCGGGAGAUUUGAAGAUUUACUAGUAGCUUUAAUGACACCUCUACCUCAAUUUUAUGCUAAAGAAUUAAAUGACGCCAUUAGAGGCUUAGGAACGGAUGAAGAUGUAUUAAUUGAAGUGUUGGGUACAAAGAGUAAUAAUGAAAUUCGCACGAUCCGUCAAGCUUAUACAUCAAUGUAUGGAAGAAAUUUAGAAGAAGAUUUAAAAGGGGACACAUCGGGAACAUUCAAACGACUCAUGGUGUCCUUAUGUAACGCUUGUAGGGACGAGUCAAUGGUGACUAACCAAGCAAACGCAGCUGCAGAUGCCCGAGAAUUACUCAAAGCUGGCGAAUUGAGACUAGGAACUGACGAAUCGACCUUCAACAUGGUGCUUUGCCAGAGGAACUUCGCCCAAUUACGCCUCAUUUUCGAGGAGUAUUAUAAAAUCACCGGUCACGAUAUUGAACAGGCGGUUAAGAAUGAAUUUUCCGGUAAUUCGAGAGACUGCUUGCUAGCCAUUAUUCGAUCAAUUAGAAAUCAACCUGGAUUCUUUGCGAAGUGUUUACAUAACGCAAUUGCUGGCUUGGGUACGAACGAUAAGAAAUUGAUAAGAGUUGUGGUUACCCGUUGCGAAGUUGAUAUGGGCGAAAUCAAACAGAAUUAUUUAGCGCAAUAUGGAAAAACACUCGCGGAUGAUAUUAAGGGCGAUACAUCUGGAGAUUACAAAAAGUGUUUGUUGGCGUUAAUUGGAGAAUAAUCAAUGAUAUUUUAACGAUAUAUAUUCCGUAUAAUGUGCUCGUUUACACACAUUCUCUGACAAUAUUGUACAAAAUGUUUUUUUAUAAAUCUAUAUAUAAUCAUAAUCGCUUUUAACUCCAAUAUUUUUUAUAAUAUCUAUUUGAUAUAAAACUUUCAUCGUUAUACAAUAUUAUAAUCUAUAAGUAAACGUUUUGCUUAAUAUGAUUCUUUAAGAUCGUUCAAUUUUACAAUGUAAUUUAAGCAGACUGAAUAUAUUUUAUUGUUAAUUUACAAUUACACAACAAUCGAAGCUAUUUUAACUGUAAGAGUCUAAAUUUGUUAUUUUUAAGUGUUAUGUAAAAUUUUAUUAUAUAAUAAUCUAUGUGCUAAAGA